UGAAAUUAUUCUUCAGUUACUGCGAAGAUAUAAGGGAGUACUCGCGAAAAAUAGUGUCUCUUGGAUAACGCAAGUGAGCUACCGAAAAAAAAUUACUGCUUUGACUACAUGCUGAGAUUAUGAAUUUAUUUUUCGGAUGGAUAAUUUUACUGGUUCAUCUAGUAUACCUACAAACGUCUGAUGGCUCACCACAACCUCACAUUGUUAUUAUAUAUGCCGAUGAUCUGGGUUGGAAUGACAUCAGCUAUCAUGGAUCUCCACAAAUCCCCACUCCCAAUAUUGACGCCUUGGCACUGAACGGAAUAACUCUGCAGAAUUACUACGGAGAAUGGCUGUGUACGCCGUCCAGGGCGUCACUGCUCACUGGAAAAUACCCUAUGCGGCUAGGUCUUCAACAUUUUGUCAUCAGGGGUGGAGAGGCUUCGGGAUUGCCUUUGAAUGAAACCACAAUGGCCCAGCGUUUGAAAAAACUUGGUUAUGCAACACAUAUGAUAGGAAAAUGGCAUCUAGGAUACCAAACCAAGGAAUACACUCCUACUUACAGAGGAUUUGAUACAUUUUUUGGAUAUUGGAAUGGAUUGAUUGAUUAUUAUGACCAUACUUACCAAGAGUUCAACGCGUCCUUCGGACAACCCUAUUUCGGCCUGGAUUUGCACGACGGCAUGGAUACUGUUAAAUCAGAACAGGGCAAAUACGCGACCCACUUUUUCACGGAAAAAGCAGAGGAAGUCAUCAAGAAGCACGACACUUCGAAGCCUCUCUUUAUGUAUUUUGCUCAAUUGGCAGCCCAUGCUGGCAAUGGAUACCAGAGAAUGCAAGCUCCACCAGAUGUCGUUGAAAAUUUCAAAUACGUGAAAGAUCUUAACCGAAGAAUUCAUGCAGGCAUUGUAAAAGUGAUGGACGAUAGCGUGGGAUCUGUAUUCAGGGCUUUGCAUGAGAAGAAUAUGCUUGAAAAUACCAUUUUUCUCUUCAUUUCCGAUAACGGUGGUCAAGUAAACCCGAUGCAUGGAGGCUUUGGGACCAACUAUCCGCUGAGGGGUAACAAAUACACUUAUUGGGAAGGCGGCAUCCAUCUUCCCGCCAUCAUGUGGAGUCCUUUGUUGAAUCUCAAGAAGCCUCAAAUCUCGAAUCAGCUCAUGCACGUUUCCGAUUGGCUGCCAACUUUAUACAAAUUGGCAGGAGGAAGCAUCGAUGACCUUGGCCCCAUCGAUGGCAUCGAUAUGUGGCAAUCCCUCGUAGAUGAUUCUCCUUCUCCAAGAACUGACAUGCUACAAAAUUUAGAUCCUAUUGCUGGAACAUCGGCUUUCCGACAAGGACACUUGAAGGUCACCAAUGGUACAAUUCCUUCAGAUUUCAACGUCUGGCUAGGACCUUCUGGACUUGAAAACUUCAAUGGACCUACUACUUAUGAAUGGGUUUUUAAAAAUGGAAGUGUUGUGAGGGAUGUCUUGCAGGAAAUGGGAUUGUGGAUUGUUGAAGAUCCGGAUGACGUCUAUGAGAAUCUUCGAAUUACGUGCGAGCAACCCCCUCCCAAAGAGGCAUUCGAGUGCGAUCCACUAGUCAAACCGUGCCUUUUCAACGUAACUGCAGACCCCUGUGAAUACUAUGAUAUAGCAGACCAAAAUCCAGAUGUUGUGGAGGAAAUGCUGGAUAAGAUCCUUAAGUACAAAUCAGAAGAGAUGUGGCCCCAAUCAAAGGAAAUUGAUCCUGCAGCUAACCCUAUGUGCCAUCACUUCCAAUAUGUGCCAUGGAUGGAUCCAGAUCACAGUCAAGAAUGCGAUUUUUUGUAUGAUGACGAGUCUGUGAUGACAUACUGAUGGCAUUCCCAUCAGCAAUAUGUUACAGAAUCCAGCAAAAUUCUCUUGGAUCCUCGAUUUUUGUUGAAGAAUUUUAUGUCUAAAAACAUGACUUCUUCAUAUUGUUAAAAACGCUUAUAAAAAGAAUAGGAUUUAAUCUAUACAAAUGAAAUUGUUUAAAAUCAUGUAAUGCUCAAUGCUAAAAUAAAAACCUUUUUU